GUUGUGUGGACCCAGGGAGACGAUGUUGUACCCCUUGCUGACCGUGUUGUUGACCCUGUUGGUAGCCGACGUUGCCGAUGGUGUUAACUGCACGACGUUAACCGACGGCGUGUACGAGAAGAGUUGUCGUUCCUUCACCGUUUGUCAUGGCGGGAAAGCGGAAGUGAAAUUCUGUGACAAUGGACUGGUCUUCAACGCAAAGACUGCCAGCUGCGACAGCCCAAGUGCUGUAGAGCCCCCUUGUGGUAGAUCACGUGACUGCACCGGCAAGGACGACGGUGUUUACGUGGACGACGGGUGUCGUUCCUACUACACAUGCAUGGGGGAAGUCUUCUUCGGUCACGACUUAUGUCCCGAAAGUCUCGUCUUCAACCAGGAACUUAAGACCUGCGACUGGCCGAAUCACGUGGCGCCACCUUGCGGUACGAAACACUGAUGACAUUCAGAGUUACCUCGGAUUUUGGAACUAGGACGAAGAAUUUCGAAGUCCCCGACUUUUCGGUACCACUGCACAACCCUAUUGUGUGUACAUGUUCAGAGACACGGCAGUAUUACGAUAGCGUAGUGACGUAAGAUAAGAGUACCGGCCUUCCUUACAAGAAUAGUUUGACAUGCCUUAUCUGCCACCGAGGUCAUCGAGAUCUUGUAUUGUAGAUACUUAUCAUGCAAUGGCGAGGCGAUCAUUGUUAUAAUUAGCCGAUUUGAAUAAAUAUGUUGAUUAUAAUAUACUUAAUAUCUUUGUGAAUAAACUGCUUU